CGCGACCUCGGAAAGCCCCGGAAAGAGAAGGAAAGGAAAAAAGCCAAGACUCGACCACGAGAUCCCGUUUCCGCAGCUCAUAGUGGACCUUCCGGACCGCCCGUGCGACAGCGUUUCUCCCUCGCCUCCCGAAAUUCUAUCCAAAUUUACGUGAAUAAUGGCUGAUAGCGACUGGGACACCGUUACUGUGCUUAGAAAGAAGCCCCAGAAGGCCUCCCAGCUUAAAAGUGAGCAGGCUGUGAACAAGGCCAGACGAAUCGGAGCUCAAGUGGAAACCAGCACGAAAUAUGGAGCUGCCAGCAACAAGCAACAUGCCACCACCUUCAACACAGCCAAGCUCGACCGUGAGACUGAGGAACUGAAGCACAACAAAGUGGCCCCAGAUGUAGGCCGGCUUAUCCAGCAAGGACGCCAGAACAAGGGGUGGACGCAGAAGGACCUGGCCACUCGUGUGAAUGAAAAGCCACAGGUGAUCCAGGAAUACGAGCAAGGCAAGGCAGUGCCCAACCAAAACAUCAUAAGCAAGAUUGAGAAGGCUAUUGGGAUGCGCCUGCGAGGAAAGGACAAAGGACAACCCCUACCAGCUCCAGGGAGCAAGAAGAAAUAAGCAGAAGCCAAGUCCCUCUGCCUUUUGCUCUUUCACCCACAAUGUGUGUACCAUGCUACAGGCAGUACCCAGAAAGUUCCCCUUCAGUUUACUACUCGGCAAUUAGGGCUAUUUGGAAUAUUGUUUUUAGUGUUUCAUAUGUCAAGUGCUUUUGUUCUCACACCUAGCUUGGAGGGCAUUUUUUCUUUUUCUCUUGAGGGAAAAACAAAUUUUCUGGCAGAGUUUGGAUAAAUAGAUAUAUCACUAAAUAAAAAAUAAAAAAAAAUGUUAUGUAUUGAUAGAACUGGAUGAACAGGAAAUGUUAUUUAGUAAAAGCUUAAUUGUGUACCUCCACUAUCCACAAAAUGUGUAAGGGUAUGGUUAGCUGACCAUAGCAUGUAUUUAGUUUUUUUUUUCAUUUUUGAACAGAUUGAUUUUUGUUCUUUUGAACUCUUUUUCAUUCAUUCAUGCAGUUAUAUGCAUUUGUAUUUCCAAGUUUAUUGUAAUAACUGGACAGCAUUCGUUUCUCUGCUGAACUAAGACUGGUAAUGACUAAUCGAAGAGGAAUUCACUUGAUUUGUUAUUCAGCUGUUCUGUUUUCUCACUACGUACUUCAGAGUAUGUUCAAUCUUUUAUAGAAUUUCUAUGGUGUAUGCUAAAUAAAUACUAUAAAGGAGUUUCCAUAGAUAAUCAUUUCCUCUUUCCAGAUGUUUUGAUGUUUCCUGUUUCCCAUAUGUGACCCUUUCUCUGUCCUAAAGUGAUUGUAUUUUUACAAAAGUUUAGUAUCAAUAUAACUGCAAUAUAUAUAUGCAACAAUAAAGGGGAAUACACUGAGAACUUAGGAAUAAUAUGGUAAUAAAAGAAAUCUCUGUAUCAGUAAAUGUAUUUUUUUUCUAUACAGACAUCAUUAACAAGUAAAAAUGCAGUUGAUGUUCCUGAUUAACAAUAUGAAAUCUUGAAUUUUGUAAGGAGUUCUAUUAACCUUGAAUGGAAAGUUGUUUCAAAAGAAUUAAGACUUAAAAGAUAUUCCAAUGCCAUAGAGAUUGAGUGGAUAUACAAAGAACUGCCAAGCAUUCAAAUUGGAGUGUGAUAUAAAGGUUGUUUUGACUAAGGAUGUUAUCAACUUUGUGUUCCACUUCAUAUUGGUUAAAAAAAAGCAGAUCAUGCUUGCUUGAUACCAUAUAGUUUCAGUGUACUAACAUACAAUAAAGUUUCACCCUGAAAGCAAGUGAGAA